CUCGCGCAGCGCUGUGGGCGGCGGUUGUCGUCGUGAGAAGAAAGCGUUAGGACGCUGAGCGCGAUGGAAAGGCCCAAGGAGAGCAGACGAUCCAUUCGAUUGGCCGCUUUGUUGCCUCUGCACGUGGCCAGCUCGCCUUCGAAGGCCGGCGUUAGCUGCUCGGAAGAGGAGGCGACCGGGGCCUCUGUUCCGGACGUUUCCACGGCGGAACCGGGGGCCAAUGCAUCUGCGUGUACCACACCACAGCUCCCAAGUGAGACAACGGAGAGCAAUGGGCAAUUGUUGAUGCAGACUGACGCGACUGAAACAGGUCAUGCGGACGAGCCUUCUGCAGUCUUGGAGCCAGAUGAGGAAACUCUGAUGGAUUUGCUGAGCCUGUUUAAAGAUAAGAAUGUGAACCCCGUAUCUGCUCUGCACGUCUUUUCCCAACGCAAAGGAUGUUCCGUGCAUUUCCGUGAGGUGGAGAAUUCAGGAGCCACGGCAAUGUUCUGCUACUCGAUUCGUGCCGUGGUCGACGGGGUCGAGUAUGAAGAGGGUGUCGGCAGCAGCAAAAAAGAAGCCAAGUACAACUGCGCUCAGAUUGCCUUGAAGGAACUCAGCAAACAACUGCAGCAGAAAGUCUCGAAGGCAGCGCUUCCUGAACCACCCAACAGCAACCGGACAGCACCUGUGAGAAAGCUACAGAAGCCGAACGAAAACCCAGUUAUUCACCCCAUCCGCUGUGCAGCAGUGAGCAGCUGUGUAUUUAACAUCCUCUUAAACUCUGUUCCCAAGCACAAGAGCCAUGGGGGGAGUUUAGCAGCUUUCAUAGUGGAGAGAGUGACAGAGGAUUCCAAAGGGGAGACCAGUGAAUGCUAUGAAGUUGUUGCUUUGGGAACAGGUGAUACUUGUUACAGCGGUUGGAUGCAUUUUGACGGACGGUUACUGCACGACUGCCAUGCGGUGGUGGUAGCGAGGCGAGCGUUCCAGAGGUACCUGUAUAAGCAGCUGCUUCUGGCCUGCACUAACAAUGCCACCGCGUUGGACAAGUGUAUCUUCUCCCAAUCUGCCCAAAACGGUCUGUCGCUCAAGAGCAAAGUGUUUAUCCAUCUCUACCUCAGCCAAGUGCCAUCUGGGGCGGCUCAGAGCAAGCUCAUGGAGCCAGAGCCGUACAGAAACCCUGAAAUGCGGCUGCAAGUUCACUCCAAAGGCGCGGUGGUGCCUGUGGCUAGUUGCCGGCUCAGUGUGAGCGCAGCCAGGGUUUGCUGUAUGAGCGGCAGCGACAAGUUGGCUCGCUGGAUGGUGUUGGGUAUCCAGGGCGCUCUCCUCAGCCACUACAUCAACCCUCUGUACAUCACCAGCAUCGUCCUGGCCGGCCCGUUGCAGUCAGUGAACACCGUAGCAAAGGCCGUGAACCAGCGUGUGGGCGAGCCUGCGGGAAGCACUGCCGGAGCCCUUCACCCCAGCCAAGGCCACUUCUUCCUCUGCCACCAGCAGGAGAAGCCGGAGAGCGAGUCCCCUGGUUCCACGCUGAGCAUGAACUGGUGUCAGGGGGACGGGACGCUGGAGGUCGUGGACGCGACGACGGGGAAGGUCACCGAAGAUUCACCUAUUAAGAGUGGAAGUGGCCAGGCUAGCCGCCUGUGCAAGUCAGCCAUGCUCUACUCCUUCCGACUUGUAGCCAAGGGAAUGAGCAGACGGGAUUUACUGCACCUCGCGACAUGUCGGCAAGCCAAGAUGGUGGCUCAGAGGUACCAACACGCCAAGUGUCUGCUGAACCAGCACUUCCUGUCCGCGGGGGCAGGGCUGUGGCCACAGAAGCCAUUGGUGGACGAUUUCCCCAAAUAAUCACCUCCCUGGGGGUCCGAGCGCUCCGAGAUACAGACAUACUCUCUCCCUCUCC